AUGGAUAGAAAUGUAUUUGUUCAACUUUAUCAUCCUACUCUUCAAACAAUUCAAUCUCUAGUAAAUUCUAAUAUCUCUUUUAUAAAACUUAUAUUCAUAUCAUUAUCAGUUCAUAUAAGAUUACCUCAAGAUAUUGAAUCUUCAUUAGUUGACAUGUUAUUUGCAUAUAAAUACGGUAAAGUGUAUGCCUUUUGUAUUUCAGUAAUCAUACAUACUUUAUCAGAAAUUAUUUUAUUUUCUGUAAUGUAUUAUUUAUCAAAAAUUUUAUCUUCUUUUAUUCCUAAACUUCAACAAGUUCAUUCAUUUUCUUCUAAAUUUUGGCCUUAUUUUAGUAAUGUUACAUUAUUCUCAAUUUUUGUUCCAAUUCUUCCUAUCAGAAUUUGUUGUGUAUUAUUUGGUUUAAUUGGACUACCAAUAUUUUCAUAUGCCUUGGCUCAACUUCUUUCAGUAUUACCACAAACUUAUUUAAAUAUGAAUUUAGGUGAAAGAAUGACUGAAGUUGAAUCAAUUCGUUUUGAAAGUGAUAUUGUAUUUCUUGUCUUAUUAUUAUUUGCUUUAGGAUUUUCAUUAACAAUUACAAUUACUUUUACAGUCAAAAAUUUCUUCGAAGAUAAACAAGAUAAGAAUGAAUAA